GUUACCCUUGCCUCGCUCAUCAGACCAUUACAAAGAUCAAUGACUACGUCUCAGAGCACGAAAAGUGUAGUAGGUGUCCGCCAUGAGGGCAUUCCAGAAGGAGAGAUAGAGACCAUCAACGGAGUUGAGACUUACAUCUCCACCCCCUCCACCAAGUACCCGGAACACAAAGCUCUCCUCUUCUUAACCAACGUUUUCGGCAUCCCUCUCAAAGAGAACAAACUCCUAGCAGACGACUUUGCGCGUAACGGCUUCAAGACCGUCGUCCCAGACCUCUUUAACGGAGAUCCCGUGUCCGCCGAAGCCAACGACAAAGGCGAGUUCGACCUACAGACAUGGUUCCACAUCCACAACCGUGCCCAGACGCGGCAACCUGUCGACAAGGUCAUCUCCGGUCUCAAAGAACAGGGCAUCACGUCGUUUGCUGCAAUCGGUUUCUGUUUCGGUGGUCGAACCGCGUUCGAUCUCGCGUUCGACAAAGCCGUGAAAGCCGUCGUGGUGAACCAUCCCUCGCUGCUUGAGAAUCCUGCUGAUCUCGAGCGAUACUUUGCCCACUCGAAAGCACCACUCUUCAUCAACACUUGCGACGACGAAUACUUCCCUAUCGACUUUCAAGCCAAAGCGGACGAGAUCUUCGGGGGGAAGUUUGAACCGGGCUACAAACGCGUGUUCUGGCCUGGGUGCGAGCACGGCUUCUCGGUGCGCUGUGAUCUGCGCGAUGAGAGGUCGAAAGCGGGCAAAGAGGGCGCGUUCAAAGCCGCUAUAGAAUGGCUUCGCGAGCACACUUCAUAGCCUUUUGUCGACAAACUAACGCUGUUGUUACUUGCCGAUAGGUAAUGACGAUCAAAUAUCC